AGGCAGAGGGCGGCGCGGUGGGCUGAUUUGGGCCUCCGCUCGGCGCUGCGCCGGGGUCGCGCAGCUCAGCGGUCUCUGAGUGCCUGCGCCGUCACUCUUUCCGGGCCGGGUUCCGAGGACGGCGCCUCCCCGAGCGUGGGGCCCUGCGCCCCUCUCCCCCAGGCCCUGCGCCGACUUGGGUUCCAGGACGCCAGAGCUAACGCCCACCCAGUCCAGGCCCCGCACCGUCUUUUCCCGGCGGAUUUAGGUUCUUCUUCCCCAAGGUUGUGUCCAGUGGCCUCACGGCUCCUACUCACUACCGCCCGACGUGUCAUGGCCCCCAGGCCAGGGCGCGAGUGGAGCUCCGCCCUGUCCCACCUGGCGCUGGGAUCAGUGUCUCUGUAUGCAGCUCUGAGCACUGCCCAGGCAAAUCGAGGGGCCGCUGCUGGCUUCCUGCUCCAGGCCCUGGCUGCUGCCACCAUGCUGGCCCCAGGGCUGGGCACAGAUGAAGACUGUCUUGCUGGAGCCUGGGUGGCCACUGUCAUUGGCCUGCCCCUCCUGGCCUUCGAUUUCCACUGGGUGAAUGGGGACUGCUCCUCCGCCAACCUGCUCCUGGGAGGAGGCAUGGUCCUGGCAGUGGCUGGUGAGCACCUUGGUGCUGAGGGCCGCUCUGUGGCUGAGCAGGCAGUGGUGCUGGUGGUCGCAGUGACCAUCCUCAUUGUGGCUGUUUUCACGACCAACACUUAUGGAAUGUUGGGGGGGGUGAUGCUCGGCGCCGCAGGCCUCCUGAGCCGGCUGGAGGAGGACAGACUGCUGCUGCUGCCGAAGGAGGACGUCUGUCGCUGGGCUCUGGCCGGAGGCAGCUGGGCCUACCACCGGGCCCUGCACACACAGCGCCUGCAGUGGGGGUGAUGGUUGGGGACAGCAAGGCGAGGCUUCUGCCCUGGCUACCACUUUCCCCUCAUGGUCCUGCUCCUAGGGCCUCCUCCUCUAGGGAGAGACUCUCCUUCAACCGAAGCCAGCUUGAUGCAGAGUGACUGGUCAGGGUGCAGAGUCUGGGUACUAUCUCCUUCUCUAGCACAGUGUGAGGACUUGCCUAGACCAAAAUGAGGGGGACUGGGUCCCGGGCAUGUUUCGGGGCCCGAUUCUGGGUGGGCCAUAGUUGUGGAUCCAGAGAGAGGCUUGGUCUCCAAUAAACCUUAGGGAUUUAGCAGGAA